UAGGGUCCCAGUUCUACACUAAAUUCUAAUCAGCAACCUUCUCCGUCCAUUCGCCUCCACAGUCGGAAACAUAACGGCAGCAUACUAAGGUACUUAUUACUUAACCUUCAGCAAGCCCUCCCUCUGGCUGGCGUCAUCUCGUAAACAACAUAUCUUCAGCCACAUCUCGCCAGCACAUUUCCCUCUCUCGUCGCUCACUCUCGUCUCUCACUCUCGUCGCUCAUUUCGCUCGAUUAUUCGACGAGGUCUCUCAACAUAUCUAUAUUCUAUACCUUUCACUCCGGCAGACUCUCACUCCCGGAGUCCCGACUCCCGAGUCCUCUGCUAUGUCCUAUCCAUAUCCGAACCAGGGCUACGGGCCUUACCCGCCCCAACAGGGCCAAUAUCCUCCUACUCAGAGCUACCAACAAGGAGCCUAUCCUUCUAACCAAGGCUAUCAACAAGGGGCCCAUCCCCCCUCUCCGUACGGAGCUCCUCCUCCAGCCCAACCACAUGCCCACGGCUAUCCACCCCCUGGCCCGCCUCCUGGUCAGUAUGGAGGACCCCCUCCCACCACUCCGUACAACCAGCCCCAGAAUUACGGUCAGCCCUCGCCUGCACCUCAACCGCCGGGUUACUAUGGUACUCCUCAGCCUCCUCCAACCCAACAAUACCCACAAUACGGCGCACCACCGUCCGGCCCUCCAGUUCCGCCGACCCCGCCAUCGAUCGGCUACUCUCCUCGACAGCCCAUCCAAUGGAACGCCGACCCCGACGCCGCAGCGGCACGCGCUGCCAUGAAAGGCUUCGGCACCGACGAAAAAAACCUCAUCCGCUGCCUCGCCACCAGGGACCCGCUCCAGAUCAUGGAAAUCAACGCCUCGUUCGAGCGACAGUUCCGACGCAACCUCGAAGCGGACAUCAAGUCGGAAACGAGCGGCUGGUUCCGCGAGGGCCUCGUCUCCAUCGUCCGCGGGCCGCUCUGGUCCGACGUGCAGAACCUGCGCGCCGCGCUCGACGGGCCGGGCACCAAGGAGCUGGUCCUCAACGACAUCCUGCUGGGCCGCUCCAACGCCGACCUGAGGGCCAUCAAGGACGCGUACAGCACGGCUUUCCGCCGGAGCUUGGAAGAGGACGUCCGCGGCGACCUGAGCAUGAAGACGAAGCGUCACUUCGAUAUGGUCCUGAGCGCGACAAGGGCCGAGGACGCGGCGCCGGUGGAUCCGGCCCAGGUGGAGAACGAUGUGAUGGAUUUGUAUCGCGCCACCGAGGGGAAGCUGGGCACGGAUGAGAUGAUUGUGUGCAGCAUCCUCACUUCGCGCAAUGACAACCAGAUCCGCGCCAUUGCCCAUGCUUAUGGGCGGAAGUUUAUGAAGAGCUUGGAGCAGGUCAUCAAAUCUGAAUUCUCUGGCCACAUGGAAGAUGCGCUCCUCUACCAGCUCCGCCAUGGCAUGGACAAGUACAUGCACGCAACCGAGUUGCUCGAAGACUCCAUGAAGGGAUUGGGAACUAAGGACCACCUCCUCGUCAGCCGCGUCGUACGCUUCCAUUGGGACAAGAACUUCCUGGCAAACGUCGUGGCUGCGUACCAACAAAAAUACGGCAAUACGUUGGCGAAGCGCAUUCAUGGCGAGACAAGCGGCGACUAUCGACUGCUGAUGUUGGCCUGUAUCGGGGAGCGCGUUUGACGGGAGGCUGUCCUAUAAUCCUAGGUCUGUGGUCCGGGGGGGGUGGGCGUUUUGGUAAGGUUGGGUUUGCAAGCUUCUAAGAAUAGGUAGGAUACCUAAGGAUACCUCGCCGGUAUGGAAGGAAAAGAUUACACCAUCACCCUCAGUCCACAGCAACAGUAAUAUCAA